GACCCCUAGUCGAGGGGUGUGGCUCUCACCCCGCCGCCUCAGGGAAGCGACUCUCCAAGGGAGGAUAUCUGGCAUCCAACUGAUGACGCUGCGAUCAUCGUCGCUCUCGAGGCUGCGAUUCUGAAGAUGCUGCUUCUCAGCCGCUCUCCAACGGUACCCUAGUUGUGCCGAACGGUGCAGAGGCCAGAGCGGGGGCUGCAUUGGGGCGCACAGAGUGCGGGUUUCGAUUGUGGGUGGAGAGGGAGCGGUUGGUGAAGGGCGCGGCGUUUGAGAGCCGGAUUCAUGGUGGGGGAAGAAAGUUCAUGCUGGUUGUGAGUGUGUGGAUUAGAGGGAGGGAGGGACGCAGCGAUCGAUCGAGGUUAGGGGAGGGAGAUGGGGGCGGCGGCGGUGGAGGUGGAGGCGGCGAGGCCCAGGAACGGAAGUGCAGGGAUUUUGGAGAAGAAACACCGGAUGGGUGCUGAUGCCGCCUCGCAGAGCGGCCCGUGGUUGGCGAGUGCUGGAGCUGCUCCUCGCCGCGUGAAUUUCCGACCCGCUUUGAACAAGGAUCAGGGCAUGCUCUUGCCCUACCAACAUCCCUCGUCAUCGUCACUACCUCGUCCUCUGAAUUCUGUCAUGGCUGCUAAGAGUAACAACCGGGCAUGCCCUACUGCCGCCUCGCCUCCCAUUCACGAGCCCCUCUCCUGGACGCCUGCUCCGAGGAUUGGUGCGGGCCUAUCAAAUUUGGGUAAUACUUGUUUCCUGAACUCGGUGCUUCAGUGCCUCACAUACACUCCGCCACUUGCUGGAUAUCUCGACAGUGGGCAGCACAAAGCUACCUGCCGUGCUGCAGGAUUCUGUGCCAUGUGCGCAUUGCAAGAGCAUGUUCGCCAAGCCUUGGCUUCAUCUGGCGGUGCGGUCUCUCCUUCGACUCUAGUGAAGAACUUGAGAUGCAUUUCCAAGAGUUUUCGCAUGUGGAGGCAGGAAGAUGCCCACGAGUAUUUGCGCUGUCUCAUUGAGGGCCUGCACAACUGUUGCUUGCCUCCUGGGGUCAAAUCCAAUUCCGCUGUCUCGCAAGAAAGAAGUCUCAUUCACAAGAUUUUUGGAGGUCGACUGCGGAGUCAGGUGAAGUGUACUGUCUGCUUGACAUGUUCGAACACUUAUGAUCCUCUGCUCGACUUAAGCCUGGAGAUUGUAAGAGCCGACUCACUCACGAAGGCACUAAAUCGCUUCACUGCGGUUGAGGCACUGGAAGGAGAUAACAAGUACCACUGUAGCCACUGUAACAAGAAGGUUCGCGCAUUGAAGCAAUUUACCAUUGAUAAGCCACCGAACAUCCUAACGAUUCAGUUCAAGCGGUUUAGUAGUACAGGAAGUUCCGGAGGAAAGAUUGACAAGAAGAUCGAGUUUGGGCGUACGUUGGAUUUGAAACCUUACAUUAGCAACCCACAGGCAACUGAUGCGAAAUACUCGCUCUAUGCCGUAUUGGUGCACGCUGGUUGGUCUACCCACUCGGGGCAUUACUACUGUUUUGUGCGAACUAAGGGCGACAUGUGGCAUGCGCUUGAUGACAGUCGGGUGAAACAAGUGAGCGAAAAAUCUGUACUGGAUCAGAAAGCAUAUAUUCUUUUUUACAUUCGCGAUUCGCCGACUCGUUCGUCCGUUGUUACGGAUCAACGUCUACAGAGUACGCUGCCUGCUUUCAAAAAGUUGCUGUCAGACGGUGCCGCCGAGGUUGCUGACGAUUCGAGUGCCGACGAUCUUGAUAAUAACAGCACCCAUCGAGGGUCAAACGCAGGGAACGCCGAUGGUUCUCUUAAUCGCACUAAUGGAAUUGCUCAGGUAGCACCUGAUUCUGGGCUACCUGCGGCUCCAAAUGCUAAUCUCCCGUCUGUUAAACCAGCGGGCAAUUCACAGAUCCCUUCCGAAUCAAACACAGCUGACACGACGAAUGUUGCUAAGAAUAUUGCCAUUGAUACUUAUGGUCCAAUCACGACAAACAACAGUCUUGAUGUUAAGAUGAAAACAGACAACGCUACCGAGAAGUUGACCAAGAUCGCUUCUAUUGAGAAAAAAGAUGUCCUCAAAGCGAAUGUGAACGGUUUAGCUGCUGUGGAGAACUUAGUGAAAGAGAUUCACAGCAAUGGCCUCGAGGCCUCUGCACCAUCUACUGGAAACGCGGAUGUUGCAACUGCGGUGUCUGACAAACUUAGUUCAGCAGAAGAAUUCAAGAAUCAGGAAGAUGAGGAUAUUGACUGCAGUACCAGUGGUGAAGAUGAGGACGAAGAUUGGAAUGAAUAUACUAAGCCCCUCAACAGUUGUACAUCUCACUCUUACAUGCGUCUUUUGUAUGCAAUGCCCCAUACUAGGCGUUAUUUUAUGGCUAGAGCUCUUCCUGUUCAAAGAGACCGAAAAAGAUCAGCCUGUAAAAAGGUUCGAGGCCAGGUUGAAAACGGUCACUGCGAGGGGAUGCCGAAUGGCUUGAGCUCUAAUGAUAAGAUAUCCAAACGACUCUGCUGUACUCCUGGAGAUGGCGGAUUUUCCAAGAGGCAAAAGUUGGUCGAUCAUCGAGAAGAGUCACGCAGCAGUGAUGAAAUGACUGCAGUUGUCUCCACAUCUGCCAAGACCAACGGUCUUAUAUACUCGGGGGCUUCUUCAUCGCAUGGUGGUAAGUCCAAUGGCCACGCAAACAAAUCCGAAUCUGACGACGUCACCGUGUUGAGGGAAAGAUUGCAAGCAGAUGGAUCUUGUCAAGCAGAAGACUUGGGUGGAAGUGCUCCAGCUACAGUUGCAACUGGGGAUCCUGGUAAGACUGGAUUGGACGUGCCGACAAAAGAUGGUAGCAGAAAGAGCACCGCAGCACUGCAGCAUUCAAGUCCUGAUUCAUCGAAGAAAUCGAAGUGCAAUGGAUUGGGCGUGUCAAACCCAGUUGAUGGGUGUUUAAAAGGAGCUGUUUCUUCUCCGAAGAGCUCAACUCGUUUGCAGCCAAACGGCUUGUACGAUUUUGAGGUUCCCAGAUGGGGCGAGGUGGAGGCUAAUGAAAAUGGGUCUCUGAAGGAUGUAGACAGACUGUUACGGAUGCACAAGACAGUCGUACCCGAACGGGAUGCAUGGGAUGAGGAGUAUGAUCGAGGUAAAGCUAAGAAGGUGCGCAUCAAAGCAACAUUCGAUGUUGGGAAUGGUGCUAAUCCGUUUCAAAUGAUGGCUGAGGCGGCCAAAAAUUCCAAACAAAGACUCCACGCACCUAUCAAAAAUUAUGUCGACGAGUGAUAAGGCAUAUUGGGAGAUGCAUCGUACGAUUCUUUGGUGGUGAGGUUCAUUUGGCAAUAGUGCAGCUAGCUGGCUUAGCUACUCUCCCUGUAAUGCUUACAAAAUGGAGACAUAAGUGUACCUUUUAGUUAACUGCAAACAAUCCUAUCAGGCAGAACUCAGCCAGCUCGAACAUGGCAUCCUUUCCUCCCUCGUCUUGAGAGGCUCUUCCCACACCGCGUAGAGACUGAAGACUACAUAGUUGUCGCCUCCCCACAGGUUUGAAUGCUGACUGCGGUAUGAAUAUAUAACCAGGGUAGACUGAUACUCGGAACGAAAGUUUGAUAUUUCUCAUAAGUCGACCCAUCUGGUGUAUCUGACUUCACCUAGAAGUUGACAAUAAUUUAUCAAUUUUUUAUUGAGGUUGAUUUGUAUUAAGACUGGGCUCUACAGUCAUCAAUCACAAAUCUGUGCGUUCCACGUACACUUCGUAA